GAAUAUUUUCUAUUGAGAAUAAUGUCAGCCUUGUUGACAUUUUUAUUCCUGCUGACGAGAUUGAAUUACUGGAACUUUACAUAGAAGAUCAUCUAAUCCGUUUGUUGCAAAGUGAUGACCUUCGACUAGAUGAGAUUGAAAUUUGGGAAUAUUUAGUUAAAUGGGGAAUUAAAAAUACUAAUUCUAUUUUAACUGAUGAUUUAGCUGAAUGGAAUCAACAGAUUUCGUGGAACUUGAAAAAAUUAUACAUAAUUGCCCAAUAUAAAGACAUUUUUCCAGAUCUUUCUGAUGAGCUUUUCCGUAAAUUAGAUCCUAGGCAAGAUCUUUUGAAUUCUAGAAUUAUUAACGCUAAAGACGCAGCGUUAAUAGCAACUUGGAUUGAUAACAAACGAGGAAUGCCUUGCCGUUUUAAAGAAAUACCUAUCAAAUUUGAGUUUAUUUAUCGUGCAAGCCAAGAACAUUUUAGUAUUAAUAAGUUUCAUGAAAGUUGUGAUAAUAAGGAACCAGCCGUUGUUAUAAUUAAAGUUCUAAAUUCAGAGGAAAUAAUUGGUGGAUAUAAUCCGUUAGAUUGGCGUACUGUUGAAUUAAUUAACGAUGGAAAUAGAAGAUUAUCGUCUAAUAUUUAUAAUAAUCAUAGACGUAAAACGUCGAAAAGUUUUAUUUUAUCAUUACUUUCAUCUUCGAAAGGAGCAAUUCCUCGAUUUAGUCGUAUUUCUACUAAAAAUGAAGCAAUCAUUCG